GAGGAAGGAGGAGGAAAAAAAAACAAAAAAAAACUCAGCCAUCAUCGACGCGCUGGCGGUGCCGGGUCACGAACUAUGACCUUUAACAGAAGAAAACCAAAACAAAUAUUUUCUAAAAUAGUAGAGAGUGCUAAAUCUGUGACCACCGUUUGUCGGAGACUUCACUAAUGACCUUACAUCAUCAUGACGACCAACCUCAAUCUGCUCUCUCAGCAGAAAGUGGACUCUGAGCACGAGGCAGAGGUGUCAUCCUCCCCUUCAGACUCGGUGAUGAGUGAGUCUCCACAGCGCUUUCAGGUCAUCUCUGCUGAGCCUGCCACAACACCACAGCAAAUACAGAUUGUAACCGACCAGCAGACAGGUCAGAAGAUCCAGAUAGUGACAGCGAUGAAGCCGCCCAGUGCUCCCAAGCAGCAGUUCAUUCUGACUACAGCUGACAGCUCAGGGGCAGGCAAGGUUAUUCUGGCCUCGCCAGAUACCCACAACACUAAGCAGCUCAUCUUCACGGCUACAGACAGUCUGAUGCCAGGAAGGAUACAGAUUGUCACAGAUCCGGUGUCAAUGGAACGGUUGUUAGGGCAGUCAGGCGACUUGAGUCGACCGCAGCCAGUGGAGUACUGUGUGGUGUGUGGGGACAAGGCUUCAGGGCGUCACUAUGGAGCGGUCAGCUGUGAGGGAUGUAAAGGCUUCUUCAAGCGGAGCGUGAGGAAGAACCUGACCUACAGCUGUCGCAGCAAACAAGACUGCGUCAUCAACAAACACCACCGCAAUCGUUGCCAGUUUUGUCGGUUGAGGAAAUGCCUUAAGAUGGGGAUGAAGACUGAAUCUGUCCAGAGUGAGAGAAAACCCAUUGAUGUAGUGCCCAGAGAAAAGCAUGCCAACUGUGCUGCCUCCACCCAAAAGAUCUACAUUCGCAAGGACCUAAACAGUCCACUCAUCGCCACGCCAACCUUUAUCUCCGAUACAGAGGCAGAUGGUUCCAGAUCCAGCCUGCUGGACCAGGGGAUGCUGGUUAAUAUCCAGCAGCCGGUCAUCCAGAGUGAUGGAACUUUGCUGCUGGCCACUGACUCAAAGAUGGAGUCUAGUCAGGGGGACUUGGGGACACUAGCCAAUGUGGUGACAUCACUGGCCAACUUGAGUGACUCACUAAAAGAGAACCUAAACAAUGGUGAUACCGCAGACAGCCAACAUGAGGAGCAACCUGCUAGUGAGAUAACACGUGCCUUUGACACCCUGGCCAAAGUUUUCAACCCACAUGAAGUAGGGGUUGAACAGAGACUGGCUGAUAAGUCAUUGCAGUGCGUCAGUGGAACAACCAUCCAGCUGAUUGGUCGAGACCAGGAGACCCCCAUCAUUGAGGUGGAAGGACCGCUGCUCACAGACAGCCAUGUCAGCUUUAAGCUGACUAUGCCCAGCCCCAUGCCCGAGUAUCUGAAUGUACACUACAUCUGUGAGUCAGCAUCUAGACUUCUCUUUCUCUCCAUGCACUGGGCGCGCUUGAUUCCUGCCUUCUCAGCUCUCGGUCAGGAGGCAAACACCAGUUUGGUGCGAGCCUGCUGGAAUGAGCUGUUUACUCUGGGCCUUGCUCAGUGUGCUCAUGUGAUGAACCUGUCGACCAUCCUCACUGCCAUCAUCAACCACCUUCAAAGCAGCAUCCAGGAUGACAAGCUUUCAAGUGAGAGGGUGAAGCAGGUGAUGGAACAUGUUUGGAAGUUCCAGGAGUUUUGUAACAGCAUGACGAGGUUGGAGACUGACAGCUACGAAUAUGCUUACCUGAAGGCUAUAGUUUUGUUCAGCCCUGAUCACCCAGGUGUGGACAGCAGUGGACAGAUUGAGAAGUUUCAGGAGAAAGCAUUGAUGGAGCUGCAGGACUACGUGCAGAAGACAUACCCGGAUGACACCUACAGGUUAACACGUAUCCUGACUCGUCUCCCAGCCCUGCGUCUCAUGAACUCCAGCAUCACAGAGGAGCUCUUCUUCACUGGCUUGAUAGGUAACGUCUCUAUUGACAGCAUCAUUCCCUACAUCCUCAAAAUGGAGACAGCUGAGUAUAACAGCCAGGACUCUGACCCUACAGACUGACAAACCAUCACUCCCAACACCCAGAACUGUGCAGUUAAAGAUUCGAGAGUCUUCACUUCAGGUGCUCACUUCCUCUCUCAAUAGUGAACCCCUUACUGUUGAACCAUAGCCCAAAAUCCCGCAGCGACCCCUUGUUUUCAAACGGUGCAUGGUGCAAAAUCAGUGUCCGAAAUUAACUUUUUGACGCUCCGCCCAAGUUUCGUUAUAGAUAGAUAGAUAGAUACUUUAUUGAUCCCGAGGGAAAUUCAAUUGUUGUUACAAUUUUAGCAUAAAAUUCUUAAUUGCAGCAUUUAUGAAUUUUAUUUUUCAAAAAAUUUUAAUGAAACAACAAGAACAUGAUGACAGAUGUGGCCUAUAUAUUUCCUCAAAGUAAAAAGAAAAAAAUCCCAACUGUCCCACUUUAAACAACCCAUCAUGGCCAUUUGAGUAUUGAUUUGUGAGUUUAUGAGGUGCUCAUGAAUGCACCAUGAAGUUCCUGUCUGUGCACACUUCACCAUACAAAGUGAUAUAGAUUUCAGAGUUUACAAGACGCACCUGAAUGCCCCACCAACUCCCUGUUCUUGUUUGUGACGGACUCUGACACAGGCAAAAAUCACCCCCUUAGUGACACCAAAAGGCAGUAGAGACUUUUUGUUAUGAGACUACUUUGCUACAGAGAUUUACCCUCAAGAGUGGCGGAUAACCUUGUGAGAUUUACACAGCAAACGGAAUAUCUGCCCGCAGUCGGCACCUGGCGGGCGUUAAUUUUGGACCUUGAGCAAAGUAAUUCAGGAAUCUUUGGCAGAUUAAGAUAAUCUGUCACUGGAGAUCCAGGAUGACACUUGGAAUGUUUUCUUGAACCGAAGCGGUGUGGUAAUCGUGGGUUUCUGGCCUAAACUCAGUCGCUCUGAACUGAAUGAAAAAGGAAUCCCCUGCAGCUGCAUCUGCGCUCAUCUCCUUUAAUGUCUUUAUCGCACUUCAAGAUGAUGCGAACUUUACCUUAUCAACUACGCCUUUCAGCUUGCAUUAGUCUUUCAUCAGCCUUACCACGCUCUCAUGUCGACAGCAUGGAUAAAUCAUCAGUACCUGUUGUUGCAGAUAUAAGGUGAGCUCUACUAACAAGCCCUGUCUGUGAUCUAAAAAUCACAGAUACAAAUCUUGCAUGUGGAAAUGUAACUUCAUUUAAGACUGAGGUACAGCUAAAUACCUGUUCCAUAAAGCAGGCUAAGAAAAGCAAGGACUAAAGUCCAGUACCUGACUUGAAUGAACCGAGCAAAUCUUUCAGGGCUAAAAAGGCUCCCUAAAGAUCAAAUCAGGCUCACGCAAACAGACUAGUUUGAGACAGGUUCAACUAGCCAAGAUAGGGCUCUUCUUAAGCAUAUACCACAUGAUUUAACAUAUAUUCUGGUCUUAUCAUUCAUUAUUUUAUUUAUUUAAAAACUUACUUUUUUGACUGAUAGUGGUUGACAAAGUCAGAUAUAUAUGGGAGCACACCAGGGAGUCAAUGGUAAAAUCAUCACUGUUCUAUUUGGUCAGUGUUACAGAAACUCAGUUUAAGCAACAGCUGAGGCUGACAAUCAGUCUGCCCAGAACCAGGUUAGUUUCCCAGCAUAAGUUGCCAUAGUAACCGAGUUUGAUUUUGCUUUAGGAAACCAUGUACGCUAAAAAUGAGUCAAGCCUAGCUUUAUGCAGCAGGCACCUAUUAGUUCUGUUAAUUUAGGCUUUUACAUAGACGUAAACGUUCUCCAUUUUCAAUUUUGAAACUGAAACAUUUCCCUUGAAGGUACAAGACAUAAAUGUAUAGUUCUUUAACAGUUUUUAAAAAGAUUUAAAAUAGUUGUUGGAAUUAAAACUGCCAUCAGGUACAAGAACUAAGUAAACCUCGAUUAGUUCAUCUUCAGUCGGUGUUCAUAUGGAUUGGCUAUCAUAGUAUUGAUUGGGCCUGUCAUGAUAAGUACAGUACUUUGUUGGAAAGUUGGAAAUGAUAUUAUUUUCAUUUUAAAAGCAUUUUCUGCCACUGAUAAAAUGACAAUAUAAAAGCACGAUAAUGAAAGUACACCCUAUCAAAGAGCAAUUAACUUAUUUACUUAAUCAUAUGCAGACAUUGGAAUUGGUUAAAAAUAAAUAAAAUGGACUUUCGGGGUCUGUUAACAAAAAUGCACUUAAAUAAAUAUUUAACAUUUGAAAAAGGGGUUUAGUCAUUCAUUCCUUAAUGAAAUCUUAGCCACCUUUUGAUUGGUCGUGUCCAGGAUCAUGUCUGUAGGUUGAUCAGUCAAUAACAUGACAGGCCUAGCGUUGAUCUACCACAGAGUCCAUUCUCCUCGCAUUAUAACAUGAUCAACUUCUUUCAGUUUUAGUUUUAAGUCACAUUCAUGAGGUCACAUCAGCCAAGUAGGCCAGUUUAGUUGAACAUAUAACCAUUUUUUUAUACUGAAUGACACAUAAGAGAUUUUUAGAUUUGGAAAUGUGUUAUGUUUAGGUACACUUAUUUCACGUUAUCGUGAAUAUGUUGCUAAUCUAACCUGUGCAAUCACCUCAUCUCUUUUCCCUUUAUGACAAUCAAUUCUAUGUUAUUUUCUACUGUCCCAUCAGUUUCAUGAGUGUUCUUUGCAGUCUGCAUUUUAUAUGUGUUUAUCAGUGGCAAUUAUUUCUUUGAAGGAAUUUGAUUGUCUUUAAGACUUUAUGUUCAGAAAUGUUACUUAGUAGCUAUGCUGCUAUUUUUGUACAUGUGUUUGCAUUUGUACUCUGCACAUCAAUCAGCUUUUCUGACGUUCCUCUGCGUUCAUGCUGACUAAAACAUUUUUUGUAUGUUUUCUAAAAACGUUUAAUUUGUUGUGAACAAAUCCGCUUGUUGCAUACUAAGUGUACUUAAAGUACUUUUGGGCAGGUUUCCCUGAUUAGAAAAAAAACAAAAAACAAUACGAGAUUUCCUGGGAAGCCAGUCUCAAGUGCACUGACAUCUUAAAGACCAUAUAGAGAUGUGCAUUGGCUUGCCCACUUGUGAAGAAUAAAGCAUCCACAGGGAUGUAAACAAGGAUUAUGUCUUGUGAGAAUAAAUGUCACUUAUUUGGGUUUAAAACCCACAGAGACUUUGUAAAGGCACUGUCGUGAAUUGACCUUUGUACAUGUAAUUUCAUAAAAAUGAGUGCAUGUUGUUUUUAAGCGGGGUUUUAUAAUCUUGUUGCUGUCUUGUCCUAAUAAGGAGCAUUGUUAUAAUUUUUAUAGUGCAUUGCAGUGCAUGAUGAAGUUGCUUAAGUGCAUUUUAUUAAAUGCUGUAUGAAUAAUGUUAAUUUAAAUGUCGUGGCUUUAAAAUGUUUACCAUGAGCAGCACCCACAUUAGAAGAAAUUAGAUCAGAAAACUUUCUUUCAGUUUUGUGGACUGAGUAUCCUAUGGUUAAAAUUUUAUACUAUGUAAAUGUACUUUGUUUUUUUGAUCAUGUAAAAUGUAUUUCUUCAAACAUUGAGACUGAGACAUCCAAACAACAUUCAUGUUUUGCUCAAGUUUGUCACAACCCUACAUUUCUACCUCACAUCGAUGAUGAUAUAAAACAAAUGUAUUAAUGACUGAGCUCCUGUAUCAGCAUUCCAGUCUCUGAGGCUGGCUUCUCUGAAGCCACACAUUAUAAAAGUAAUAAAUGAUUAAUUAUGAAA